ACCACGCCCGUGGAUCUAGCGGAAAGCGGUAGCAGCAGCAAGCUGUCUCUGUCCCUCUGCUCGUUUUCGGAAACUAGCUGCGGACGUUGAGAGAGGAAAGUGCUCGUGGUGAACGGGCCAACAAUCGGGCGAUUUUAUGUCAGUGUCUAUGUGAGAGAGAGAGAGAGGGGGGGCAAAACAAGAGCAGUGAAAAGAGGUUGCCGCAGGAUAUCGUUACAUCCCUUUACAGAGCGUGAGGACAACAUCGAGAGAGAGAGAUCAGAGACCCUCCCCUGGCCAGCUCUGGAUUGCAAAAGAAUCAGCGUCAGACCUUCUCUCUCUCUCUCACGGCUCGUGCCUUCUCUUGGAGAGGAAACAGAAAUUGAUCGUCUUUCUUCACCAUUCCACCCCCUCAGCUCUUCUGAAACUCCAAGUGAUUUCUCCAUGUUUAGUCAGACCGUGGAAUACUGAGAGGAGAGCCCCCCACCCUCCCACCAGCUCCAAGCACACACAGGUCGCGGAGAAAGACACUCCACACCAGUCGGCUACAUGACUCUCGACUCCAUCAUGGCGUGCUGCCUUAGCGAAGAGGCGAAAGAAGCCAAAAGGAUCAACGCGGAGAUCGAAAGGCAGCUCCGGAGAGACAAGCGGGAUGCACGGCGAGAGCUCAAAUUACUGCUGCUCGGUACAGGAGAAAGUGGCAAGAGCACAUUCAUCAAACAGAUGCGAAUCAUCCAUGGUACAGGAUACUCGGAUGAGGACAAACGAGGCUUCACAAAACUGGUUUAUCAGAAUAUCUUCACUGCCAUGCAGGCUAUGAUCAGAGCAAUGGAUACACUCAAAAUACAGUACAAAUAUGAGUACAAUAAGGCAAAUGCACAGUUAAUUCGUGACAUUGAUGUAGAAAAGGUGACAACAUUUGAUAAUCCCUAUGUGGAAGCAAUAAAAUGUCUAUGGAUUGACCCAGGCAUCCAAGAGUCCUAUGACAGACGGAGGGAGUAUCAACUGUCUGAUUCAACUAAAUACUACCUUAGUGAUACUGAUCGUAUUGCAGCACCAGAUUAUCUGCCAACUCAACAGGAUGUGCUGCGGGUUCGAGUGCCCACAACUGGCAUCAUUGAGUAUCCAUUUGAUCUGGAGAAUAUAAUCUUCAGCUAUCUUAAAGACUUGGACCGUAUAGCAGAACCUACCUACCUACCCACUCAACAGGAUGUGCUUAGAGUGCGAGUCCCAACAACAGGGAUCAUUGAAUACCCUUUCGACUUACAAACCGUCAUUUUCAGAAUGGUCGAUGUUGGGGGUCAGCGGUCAGAACGAAGGAAAUGGAUUCACUGCUUUGAAAAUGUGACAUCUAUUAUGUUUUUAGUUGCCCUUAGUGAAUACGAUCAAGUUCUUGUGGAAUCAGACAAUGAGAAUCGAAUGGAAGAGAGCAAAGCACUAUUUAGAACGAUUAUCACAUAUCCCUGGUUUCAGAACUCCUCAGUCAUCCUCUUCUUAAACAAAAAAGAUCUGUUGGAAGAAAAGAUCAUGUAUUCUCACUUAGUUGAUUAUUUCCCAGAGUAUGAUGGACCGCAACGAGAUGCACAAGCAGCGAGGGAGUUUAUUUUGAAGAUGUUUGUGGACCUGAAUCCUGAUAGUGACAAAAUUAUCUACUCUCACUUCACGUGUGCUACAGAUACAGAGAAUAUACGGUUUGUCUUUGCUGCUGUCAAGGACACUAUCCUACAAUUAAACCUAAAGGAAUAUAACCUGGUCUAGUUUACUAACUGACUUGGUGGGGAAAAAAAUAAGAGCAACUGUAUUAUCUGUGAAAAUAAUUUGCAUAAUGCUAAUUUAUUGCCAUUCUGGACUCUGUGUGCUUCCACAGAGAUUUAGUAAAUAUUAUGAUUUUAUUUAACAAAAAUGGGGCAAAAGAUGCUGACACACCUUUGCAGCACUCGUCCACUUUUUAGGCAAAAUUUUGUGAUUUCAUGUAAAAUUUUCACUGUAAAUUCUGAUUUCAGUUCUCUGAAGGUAGGGUUUUUUGCUUCUGCAAGCAUACCCCUUCCUUUUCCCCAAAGGAAUACUUGAGGUACAAUGUCCCUUUUCCUGUCAUCUGUUCCUCUUGAUGCUCAAUGGUACACAGUAAAAAUUGUCAUGUUUUUGGCAAAUACCAAGCUACCAAUGGUAUAAUUAUUUUUUUCUGAUAGAUGAAAAGUAUUGGUACUGUGAUUUCUAAAUUAAUGAUAUGUAUAAUUUACUCCUCAAAUUUCAAACUAAGCAAUUUGUCUUUAUCUUAAGCUAUAAAGAUGGGAGCUCAUAAAGCAAUAGCUGAUUGCUCAUCUGUAAAUGUUGCCACACUUGGAUUCCCAAAAACAUGGAUAGAUGUAGGUAAGAGUACAAUAUUGAGAAUGUUGUGUACUUGUAAAUCAGUAUAUGGGGUUCAAUUUCUAUUUAUUAUGUGCCAUUCUAUUGCUACUUACUAGACUUGUUUUACUGAAAGAUGCCAAACAAAAUAUUAUCUACACUACAUUUGAUGAUUUUUGCAAUCUUUGCUUGGGUCGUUCUCCUUAGAACUGUAGCUGGAGACAUCAUUGAUGUACUUACUUUGCACCAGUGUAGUUCUUAAAUGUUUCUUUUAAGUGAAAAAUGUUUUAAUAUUGCCACUCAUGGCGUUCUUAAUAUUUUUGAAGUUUUAGUGAUAAAAAUUGCUUUACUCAAAAUGCCUAAAAUCAUGUGGCUCAUAUCACAGUAGUGACCGCACUUGAGCAGAAGAUGAAUGGUAAGCAAAUAACAUUGUAGUAUUGACUCCUGGGUUCUUCUAAAAGCAGUUUCUUUGGACACAUACCAAAACAGUGAGGGAAAAAAUAUGGUGCUCUUCCACAUUGUUAUAUUUGCCAUUAACUAUGUAUUAUUCUUUGACAUUGGCAGAUCAGUGUCCAUGACUAAUUUUGUAUCUUAACUUUUUUACACAUAUGUUAAAAGGUACUGUGAUGAUGUUUUGAUUAAACUCUGACAGAUCCUUAAUUUUAAAUCAGAAUGAUUUUCAUUUGCCAUAAUGCCCUAGUAAAUGAAUGUGUGCCAUUAUUUUCAUUCUUUUCAAAUCUGAGUCUGAAGCUUUGGUGACUGUUUAAAGAACAGAUAUUUGAAUGGACAUGACUGUGUUCCUUUAACUUCCUAGUUUUCUGGAUUUUUUGUUCUUUGAGAUGUUAACAUAGAUUAUUGAUGGUUCAGGUAGCUAAUUUAAAAUUAUCUGUACUGUCCAUUGUCAAAGAUGAUGUGUCUUUGUGCAUGGUUUCCUGCUUCAAAAGAGAAGCUUUUGUUUCUAUGGAGCACCAAAGUUAAUGGUCAGUGAUUAUCUCCCUCAAUUCCUGCACCUCCAUCAAACAUGCAUUUGUGCUUUCAUAGAUAAAGCUCUUAUAAUUUGUAAAACUUGGCUAUAGGCAUAGUGUAAUUAUAAUCUUGUAAUAAUUGUGUGUGAAUACGUAUAUAUAUUAUAUAUAUGUGCACACAUGCGCUCACAUCCAUAUUGGCUUUGUGAUAAUUUUGGCAGAUUGAAUGUGCUAUAUUGAUAAUAUAUAUCUAUGUAAUUGUAUUGUAAGUCUUAUAGCUAAUUCGCAUUUUGAAUAAUGUUAUUUACUUUUUUUUACGAGAAGCGAAUGUAAAUUUUUGCCAUUUUUUUCUCAGUUAGGGUUUAAAGUAUUUUCAUUUUGAAAGUCAAGAUAAUUAUCAUAGUGUAGUAGUCUGAUUAAUAUACAUGCGUUUCUGAUCAAAGAAUUCCUUUUGAUAAAAUCUAAAUCCA